CACGGUAUAGUCUUGCAGUCUGCCAUCUUGGUUUGGUAGUAGAUUAGCUGGAGUAAUGGCCAAUUUUUUAAGGUUUUCCUCGCGACUUGCCACCAGGAGAAUCCACACUUCUGUUGCGAGAAGGUUUGACCCUGUGCCGACUGUACGUGCAGAGUUUGGAUCUGACUURGAGGCCCUAAAACAGAAAGAAGUAGGACCAUGGUCAGCAUUGACGMAAGAGGAGAAAGUAGCAUUGUACAAGUCCCAGUUCCCCAAGACUUUGGCAGAGUGUAGAACAGGAGAACCAUAUGUAAAGAAACUUAUUGGAGGAGUAUCAUUUUUAAUUGCAGUGUCUUUAGGUUUCUUUGCAUUCCUUCGUACUUAUAUUGGCCCAGAACCACCCCACACGCUAAGUGAUGAGUGGGUCCAAGCAUCAAGAGAGAAAAUGAUCCGUCAGCGUGCCAACCCUAUCAGUGGAAUCAGUUCUAAACAAUAGUUUUGUCUAUGCAUCCUUUCAAUAUUGAUGUGAUCAUUUCAAAUAAUUUUUAAGAUUCAGUGGCUUUUCUUGUUGUGACUUUAUUGUGUAAAUAAAGAUAAAAAAUAAUCAUCU